AUGAUAUUCACACUCUUCCCUCUUUAUGUAAUCCUCUUUUUCUCUGCUUACAUUAUGACAAUGGGGAUGAUAGGGAUGAUCUUUUCUUCCACUGUCUCUUUUCUUUUCUCAGUCUUUUACAGGGAUCUAUUAUCACAUACCCUCUUCUAUGGAUCUCUUUCUUCUGAUAUUCUGGAUGAUAUUCCCUCUUCCCUCUUCUAUAUCUCUUUUCUCUGCUUACUUUUAAUGAUGACAGGAUACAGGGAUGAUGUUAGCACCUCUUCCCUCUUCUAUGCUAUGUCUCUUUUCUCUGCUUACAUUAUGACAGGAUACAGGGAUGAUAUUAAUUUCUCUCUUCCUUCCUCUAUUCUAUGUCUUUUUCUCUCUUACAUUCUUUUGACAGGAUACAGGGAUGAUAUUAAGCACACUCCUUCCCUCUUCUAUGCAAUGUCUCUUUUCUCUGCUUACAUUAUGACAGGAUACAGGGAUGAUAUUCUUCCACUCUCUUCCCUCUUCUAUGCAAUGUCUCUUUUCUCUGUUUACAUUAUGACAGGAUACAGGGAUGAUAUUCCACUCUUUCCCCUCUUCUAUGGGAUACAUGUCUCUUUUCUCUGCUUCUCUUUUCUCUGA